AAACAAGUGCCUCAAUGAUCAAACUAGAAGGAAAUAUCGCAAGGAUUCACAGCUCAUAAAUAAUAGACUUGUUUAUAAAUAUGGAGGCCCCUAACAUUUGGGGCCCUGGACAAAUGUCUAGUAAACUGCCCCACAGCCGGCUCUGUUCAGGUUGAAAUUGAGUGAUCCGCAUUCGGCAAUAACCUUUGUGUGUUAGAGUUAUCUGCUAUAUAUGGAGGUGAAAGACAGAAUUAGUGGACUUCCUAUGGACAUACUUGCCCAUAUUUUGGGAUUACUGCGGAUUGAAGAAGCCGCUAAACCUGCCAUUUUGUGUACCAGUUUGAGAGAUGCUUGGUUGAGUCUUCCACACCUCAACUUUGAUAGCCAGUUCUUCAAAUACAUUCAGAACCAUUAUAUGGCAGAAUCAACAAUGUUUAUAAUCGACACAAUCAUCAUCAAGCACAAAGGACCUAUACAAAAAUUUGGGUUUGAUUUUAACUUCAGAAGACAUAAGAUGAAAUCUAGGUGGUUAGACUUUGAUGAAUGGUUACUUUUUCUCACCCAAAAUGGUGUCGAGGAAAUGCACCUGUGUUUUGGCGAAUAUACUGCAUACAUAUUGCCAGAUUGGAUAUUUUCUUGCCUAACGCUAAAGACGUUGCAUCUUUCAGGAGUCUCUUUUGAACAAAUUAGCUUCCCUUGCAUAUUCCCUAAUGUGACUUCACUCUUCUUAAAAAAUGUCUGGUUUGAUGAUAGUAAAUGUUGUGCUGCUGAACUUCCUAUGCUCAGAAAUCUAACCUGUGACACAGUUUCUGGUUUUAUCUUUACUGCCCCAAAGCUUAGAUAUUUGAAAUUUAGCGGUCAUCAAUAUUCUAUCAUUGCGGGAAGUUACCGUUCUCUCAUUCUUCCAGUAAAGUUAGACUUCAGAACUAUACACUCUCUUCAUCUUGAAAGUAUUGACCUUGAGUGGUUUGUUGAAGAAUUAUCUAGGGUGGGACGAGAACAAACUAUGCUAAAUGUGGAACACUUGCAGCUACCCUUGUCUUAUGAACCGCGUUUCGAUGAUGACAUAUCAGCUUGCUUUCACUUGUUGCAGAUGUGCCCAAAGUUAACCAACCUUGACAUACAUUUAACGUUUGAGUCAGAACCAUUCGAGGAUUUGGAGCUCCCUAAGCAUACUUUGGCUCAAACAUUCAAAUCAAUCCGGGCUUUAAGUAUUGUUUGUUGGUUUGAAGGGUCAAGACCUGAAAUGCUAUUCCUCAAAUGGCUACUUAGUCACUUUCCGGCACUUGAAAAGGUUGUGUUUUUUCCACGUAAUUUGUAUGGGGACCACAAUCUGUCUGAAAAUAUGGAGUCACUUUUCUGUUUUCUGCGUGCCGCUGAUAUAGAAAUAGAAAUGUCUUGCUCUCGUGUUAUGUUAAGUAAUGUGUAAGUUCAAUAUACUAACAUACAAAGUGUAGUUGUUUUAAAGUUCAUCCCUCUCUAUAGUUAUCUUCCCACACUCAAUUCUUUAUCACUUCAAG